GCCCCUCUUCACUAACACUCAGUAUUACUUUCAUCCCCGCCCCCGAAGAUGCCUCAAAAUCAACCUUCCAAUCCCAACCUGGCGAAUCAGAGCUUCAUCUGCCGCUCCUGGCGUCGAACUCAAUACUCUUGAAUCUGCCAUUUCUCAGAAAGAUAGUAAUGCUGUUAAGGUGGUGCUUGAUCAGCUGAGUGAAGUUGGGUGGGCUAAGAAAUGGAGUUCUCAGCCAUAUGUUUCACGUCGUACGGUCAGUCUCCAUUACAAGUGUGAAGUUCUGGGGAAGUGCCAUCCAAACAUUUGACUCAUCUUCCAAUUCGUGCAUUCAUGCUCAUAAAUAUAAUACAUCACUUCGAGAGCUGACUUCUCUAGGAUUAAAAAACGCCGAGAAUCUUGCAAUCCCGAGUGUCAGGAAUGAUGCAGCUUUUCUUUUUACGGUGGUGGGAACAACUGGAUUUUUGGCUGUUCUAGCUAGCCAGCUUCCUGGGGAUUGGGGAUUCUUUGUUCCAUACUUGAUUGGAAGUAUUUCCUUAGUGGUUUUGGCUGUGGGUAGCAUAUCACCUGGGCUUCUCCAAGCUGCAAUCAGCAGCUUUUCAUCAGUUUUUCCUGAUUACCAAGAGAGAAUCGCCAGACAUGAAGCAGCUCACUUUUUGACUGCUUAUCUGCUUGGCCUACCCAUCCUGAGCUAUUCGCUGGAUAUUGGGAAAGAGCAUGUAAAUCUAAUUGAUGAGAGGCUCGAAAAGCUCAUCUAUAGCGGGCAGCUUGAUGCUAAGGAGCUAGAUAGAUUGGCUGUUGUGGCGAUGGCUGGAUUGGCGGCUGAAGGUUUAACAUACGACAAGGUGGUUGGUCAAUCUGCUGAUCUCUUCACUCUCCAGAGGUUUAUAAACCGAAGCAAGCCGCAACUCAGCAAAGAUCAACAACAAAAUCUCACUAGAUGGGCUGUUUUGCUCGCUGCUUCUCUGUUGAAAAAUAACAAGGUGACACAUGAAGCCUUAAUAAAAGCUAUGUCAAAUAAGGCAAGCGUACUGGAAUGCAUCAAGGCAAUCGAGAGUGCGGAGUAGCACUACACCGAACCUUUCUAAGCCGUAAAGUGCGGAACUCAGAAGUAUACGUCUUUACGAUGAACCAUACUUGAAACAUGAAAACCAAGUACCUUUUUUUUUUUGCCGAAAAAACCAAUUACUUCAAAUAUCAGACUUCGGUUUAUCUCUCUUAUCUUCACACGCAGCGAGCAGCGGAGGAGAUUAAACUUUACAUUGUUGAAUCUUCAAUUAGUUCGUAAGUUGCUGGCCUUUUUUGUUACUCUUAUGCUUGUUUUAGUCUUGCGACAAAGUUGGCCUAUAUAUGUCUUGAUUGUAAUGUUUCAGCACGUUCAGAUGAGUGAUUGUUUGGUUUAUAUC